AUCCCUUGCCCUUAUCCUCAUCCUUCACUGCUGCUCAUCAGAGCCAAAUGGCCUCAACUUUUAGCUAUUUCUUCUGAUAUUUAUCUCUGAACUUCUACAUGAUAUGCUGUUACUCUUUAUUAAUUUUAGCUAUUCUUUAUUGACUUUCUGUUAUGGUAAAUGCAAAUUUAGCUUUUUUUAAACAUCACUUUCCUCCCUAUUUUCCUUAUCCUCAUAGUUUGAAUAUAAUUUUAUCAUAUUUCUGGUUAAAUUUUAUAUAGUUAAGUAUGUGACUAUUAUUAACUAUUUAAUCAAGUAUUUUUCUUUUAUAGUAACUUUUUUUGGUUUUCUUGGAGUUAAUUAUUGCCUUGCUUUUUGCUUGCAAAGGUUUUUGUUUACCUUAACUUUUUCUUGGUUGUUCUCUCAGCUCUGUCACUACCAGUAGUGUUCUGUAAAUAAUUAAAUAGAUUAUAGACUUAUCUGUCUAUUUCAAUCUCCUCCCUCCUGUCCCUGGAGAUCUCCCUCUCACAGCUUUCUCCUCCAGUUUCUGUGUUAGGCUGAUUGUUCUCUGGUUCUGCUACUCAGUUAUUUUUUGAGGAUUUCCCUAUACCUCUUUCCUGUGAUCUGAAAUCCUGUUUCCUGGAGCAUGUGGUUUCUUGGUUUUCUCCCUUAUUUUGACAGAACUCAUUCUUACUAGCUAAGUCUUUGCAUUUUUUUUUUCUUGAGAUGGAGUCUUGCUCUGUCGCCAGGCUGGAGUACAGUGACGCAAUCUUGGCUCAUCACAACCUCUGCCUCCCGGGUUCAAGCGAUUCUCCUGUCUCAGGCUCCCUAGUAGCUGGGACUACAGGCACAUGCCACCAGGCCCAGCUAAUUUUUUGUAUUUUCAGUAGAGAUGGGGUUUCACUGUAUUAGCUAGGAUGGUCUCAAUCUCCCGAUCUUGUGAUUCACCUGCCUUGGCUUCCCAAAGACAGGUGUGAGCCACCAUACCCGGCCUGUCUUUGCAUGUUUGAAAAGGUCUCUGUUGGCUGGGCAUUUUGGCUCAUGCCUGUAAUCCCAGCACUUUGGAAGGCUGAGGUGGGUGGAUCACCUGAGGUUAGGAGUUGGAGACCAGCCUGACAAACAUGGUAAAACCCCAUCUCUACUAAAAAUACAAAAAUUAGCUGGGCUUGGUGGUAUAUACCUCUAAUCCCAGCUACUCAGGAGGCUGGGGCAGGAGGAUCUCUUGAACCUGGGAGGCAGAUGUUGCAGUGAGCCAAAUUGCAGUGACAGAGCAAGACUCCAUCUCAAAAAGAAAAAAAAAAAGUCUGUUCUUAUAAUAGAUUGGCUGAGUAUGGACUUCUAGGGUUGAAAAUAAUUUUCUUUCAGGAUUUUAAAGACAUUACUUCACUUUCUUGUAUCCAUUAAGAACCUUGAUGACAUUUUGAUUCUUAUUCCUUUGUGUGUGAGCCAUUUUUGUCCCUAUUCUAUGGAAGGUUUUAGACUCCUUAUUUAGAAGAUAAGUACAUAAAUGUUUAUUUUAUUUGGACUCUUUAUCUUUUAUUGCGGGUGUUCUAAAACUUCACAAAGAUGGACAUAUGAGUAGAUCUAUUCAGUUAUUAUGCAGGGUACUUAGUACAAGUCAUGAUGUAGGAGAGAGAUUGGAGAAUUGCUGAAAUGAUGGCAAUAAGGUUGAGAGAGGAUUGAGUUUGGGGCAUAAGUGGGAGAACUGGCUUCAAAUAGUAGCAUGACUUAAGUUUGUUUUGUUAAGUUAAAAGUUUGUUUUCUUAGGCCAGGUGUGGUCUAAGAGACCAGCCUGGCCAACAUGGCAAACUCUGUCUCUACAUCAAAAUACCCCUUAACUUAGAGCAAAAAGACAAGCCACCAUCUGGGCAAUAUAUUUGCACCAUAGAUAACCACAAGGUUUUAUUGUUAAGAAAUAGAAUUUGUAGGCAGCGGGUGGUGAUGCACACCUAUAAUCCCAGCACUUUGGGAGGCUGAGGUGGGUGGAUCAUCUGAGGUCAGGAGUUCAAGACCAGCCUGGGCAACAUGGUGAAACCCCGUCUCUAGUAAAUACAAAAGUUAGCUGGACAUGGUGGCACAUGCCUGUAAUCCCAGCUACUUGGGAGGAUGAGGCAAGAGAAUUGCUUCAACCUUGGGGGCAGAGGAUGAAGUGAGCCAAGAUUGUAUCAUUGCACUCCAGUCUUGGCAACAAGAGAUAACUGUCUCAAGAAGAGCAAAGCUGGAGUUAUCACGCUACCUGACUUCAAACUAUACUACAAGUCUACAAUAACCAAAACAGCAUGUUAGUAGUACCAAAACAUAUACAGACCAAUGGAACAGAAUAGAGUCCUCAGAAAUAAUAGGACACAUCUACAACCAUCUAAUCUUCGACAAACAUAACAAAAACAAACAAUGGGAAAGCAUUCCCUAUUUAAUAAAUGGUGCUGGGAAAACUGGCUAGCCAUAAACAGAAAACAGAAACUGGACCUCUGCCUUACACCUUAUACAAAAAUUAACUAAAGAUGGAUUAAAGACUUAAAUGUAAAACCUAAAACCAUAAAAACCCUAAAGAAUACCUAGGCAGGCCGGGCGCGGUGGCUCAAGCCUGUAAUCCCAGCACUUUGGGAGGCCGAGGUGGGUGGAUCACGAGGUCAAGAGAUUGAGACCGGGGUUCUGACAAGAUGGCCGGGCUGCCCCGCAGGAUCAUCAAGGAAACCCAGCGUUUGCUGGCAGAACCAGUUCCUGGCAUCAAAGCAGAACCAGAUGAGAGCAAUGCCCGUUAUUUUCAUGUGGUCAUUGCUGGCCCUCAGGAUUCCCCCUUUGAGGGAGGGACUUUUAAACUUGAACUAUUCCUUCCAGAAGAGUACCCAAUGGCAGCCCCUAAAGUGUGUUUUAUGACCAAAAUUUAUCAACCUAAUGUAGACAAGUUGGGAAGAAUAUGUUUAGAUAUUUUGAAAGAUAAGUGGUCCCCAGCACUGCAGAUCCGCACAGUUCUGCUAUCGAUCCAGGCCUUGUUAAGUGCUCCUAAUCCAGAUGAUCCAUUAGCAAAUGAUGUAGUGGAGCAGUGGAAGACCAACGAAGCCCAAGCCAUAGAAACAGCUAGAGCAUGGACUAGGCUAUAUGCCAUGAAUAAUAUUUAAACUGAUCAGAUCAUCAAGUGUGCAUCACUUCUGUUCUACUAAGACGUCUUCCUUUUUGUUUGCAUUUAAUGGACACAGUCUUAGAAACAUUACAGAAUAAAAAAGCCCAGACAUCUUCAGUCCUUUGGUGAUUAAAUGCACAUUAGCAAAUCUAUGUCUUGUCCUGAUUCACUGUCGUAAAGCAUGAGCAGAGGCUAGAAGUAUCAUCUGGAUUGUUGUGAAAGGUUUAAAAGCAGCGGCCCCUUCCUGCUUUUACUCAUUUCCCCCAUCCUGGUUUAAGUAUAAAGCACUGUGAAUGAAGGUAAUUGUCAGGUUAGCUGCAGGGGUGUGGGUGUUUUUCUUUAUUUUUUUGAGGGGGGAGAUAAUUUUAUUUUAAUUUUAUGGGCUCCUUUUAUGGUGAUCUAAUUGCAUUGGUUAAAAGCAGCUAACCAGUUAUUUAGAAUAUGCUCUCUAGCCAAGUCUAACUUUAUUUAGACGCUGUAGAUCGACAAGCUUGAUUGUUUGAACCAAAAUGGGAACAUUAAACAAACAUCACAGCCCUCACUAAUAACAUUGUGACUUUGCUGUCAAGUAUAGAUUCCCCCUUUCAAAAAAAGCUUGUGACCAUUUUGUAUGGCUUGUCUGGAAACUUCUAUAAAUCUUAUGUUUUAGUAAAAUAUUUUUUGUUAUUCUACUUUGCCUUUGUACAGUUUAUUUUACUGUGUUUAUUUCAUUUUCCCAAUGUGACAAUCGUAUUUUAAAAUUAAAACUGAUGGA